UCUCUAUGGCAACCCUGACGUCAUUGCUUCAUUGCCUUCUACUUGUGUACAUUCGACGACUAUCAUCAUGUGAAAUGUUUUCUCGACCCCGUGUCUUGUAUAGCGAGUUCGAGUGAGCAGUACGCGGCGAAAAAAAGCAGCGGGCGUUCUCGUCUCCGCGACGGAGCUCACGGUGAAUUCCGUGAAAAUGGAAUUUUAAUUGGUUUUGCUCGUCCAGAGUGCACCCGUUCACCGCGAGCCCUUCUGCCCAACUUAAAUCUCACAGCAUGAGCUCUCCUCAACAUCGGCCACCGACUUCAAGUCCAAAUCACAACCGGUCGUUGGUCCGAGUCGGCUACUAUGAAAUCGGCAAGACAAUUGGCAAAGGGAAUUUCGCCGUCGUGCGUCUUGGAACGCACAUCGUCACUCAAACCAAGGUGGCGAUCAAAAUCAUUGACAAGGGUCAGCUGGACGAGGAAAAUCUGCAGAAAAUUUUCAGAGAGAUCCAAAUCAUGAAAUUGCUCCGACACCCUCAUAUCAUCAAACUGUACCAGGUCAUGGAGAGCAAGCAAAUGAUCUACCUGGUCACAGAAUUCGCACAGAAUGGUGAAAUAUUCGAUCAUCUCGUCGAUAAAGGACACAUGCAAGAAUCCGUUGCCAGACAAAAAUUCCGACAGAUCGUAUCAGCCGUGAAGUACUGCCACGAUAACAACAUUGUGCAUCGGGACCUAAAAGCCGAGAACCUCUUACUCGAUCAGGACAUGAAUAUCAAAAUCGCCGAUUUCGGCUUCAGUAACUUCUAUACGCCUGGAGCACCAUUAGGAACAUGGUGUGGCAGUCCCCCGUACGCUGCUCCCGAGCUUUUUGAAGGUCGAGCCUAUGACGGACCUAAAGCCGAUAUUUGGAGUUUGGGAGUCGUCCUCUAUGUUUUGGUGUGCGGCGCUCUUCCAUUCGACGGCAGCACACUACAGAUUUUGCGGUCGAGGGUACUAUCAGCUAAAUUCCGGAUACCUUAUUUCCUGUCAACGGCCUGUGAAGACCUCAUAAGACACAUGUUGGUUAUCGAUCCGGAACGUCGCUAUACAACAGAAGAAAUUUUCCAGCAUCAUUGGAUGCACGAAAAAGUCAGUACGCCGUCGUCGCCGUGUUUACAAAGCCAGAAUUCUGCGAGCUCCGACACGGGAAGCGCUUCCUCAGAUGAAGAAAAUGAGCUCAUCAUCGAGCACAUGCUGCAAAUUCCAAACUCAACCCGGGACGACAUCAUAACUUCCGUCAGAGAAAAUCGAUUCGACAACUAUGCAGCAAUUUUCCAUCUUCUGAAAGAGAAACUCCGGUCGGAGCCGAUGCAGACGCUCCUCCCAGUUGUAGCAUCGCAUCAAAGGAAAUCCAGCAUUACCACGGGCGUCGUGGAACGACCCCCCGUAUCACCUCCUUCGCUGAGUAAUGACAGCACGGGGAGCAACUCGAAUUCAAUGCCGUUACCGCCGACACCGGCCUUCCCAACCGGUGCGGCCUUGGACUGGACGAAGGAUGCUCUCAAUCAAAGCGAAUCAUCCCUUGAAAAGUUCGGGGAAAACUCGGAACAAGAUACCGACGAGGACGCCUCGAACGGGCCGAAGGACGCGUAUCAAGUCAUCCGACGGCACACGGUCGGUCCUGAAGAAGAUUCCGGACGUCAGGCUCCCACACCAGCAAUUCUCAGGGUGAGCUCACGUUAUCCUCGAUGCGUACCAUUGCCGAUAUCAGCGCUGCCGAACACGAACCUGCCGGCGAAUCUGCCUCUUGUACAAAACGAGUCCCCGCAAAACUUUUGCGUUAAGGAUCAACACCUGCUCAAACCACCCGAAGAGUUUCUUUCGAUCGCGGGUCAGGGCAUCUCACGAAGGGCAUCUGACGGCGGCGCUAAUAUCAGCGUACACUACCACAAUCGCUUCGAUCACUACUCCCACUACUGUGCUCAGCCUUACAGGACGUUCAGCCCUCACACAAGAGACAUCUCGCUGAGCCCCCGGCGGAGCGUACGAACUAGGGAGCCUCCCACGGGACUCGAAGCUCCUCCCGGCACCUCGACCGGAGCCUCGGCCUGGUUCCGUGCGCAGAUGAUGUCCGCUGGGCGGCAGCGUCGGAGUGGUUUGAUUGCGCUGCUUGACAAGGCGCAACAGAGCCAUAACUUAACUCGACGAUGCAGUGAAGGCGGUGGGAGUCCUCCGCCCCUGGCCUUCAUGACGCCGGGUGGAACGACGCCUCAUAUGUUGAAGGCGUUGCAACAGGAGCACCAGAUACUGCUCCAACAGAAGCAUCAUGCGCCCUUGAGCGACAGCGAGCGUGCCGAGGUCCAGAGAAGACACACCAUCCAUGUACAACAGAUGCAACAGGUCCAGCAGCAGCAAAGCAGAUUGCAGACUGGCGUAAUGAACUUAUCGAUGAGCUCCCCGCCAUCGAUUGCGUCGUCGCCCAUCCACACGCCGUCGGGAGGGGUUCCUCUCUCCCCACAAUUGGCGAGACUAAGCUCUCCACAACAAGUUCUGAGCCAGUUGCAAAGACUCCAGCUGCAAUUCAGCAAUAUCGACGAUCCGUCUUCGCGCGCGUCAACGCCCUCGCCGCCCGUGCGUAUUCCGCAGCUCGUAGUGACCGAUCUGAGUCCGAGGGUUAUUCCUCCGAUCGCCGCUUGUGUUCCCCCUCCCUCGCAAGCGUCGCCGGCGGUUUCGUCUUCAAGUGCCACGACGACAUCCGUAGCCGCGGCUACAGCGGCUGUCGUGGCGGCCGCAGCUCAAUCAGGAUACAUUCCGCAUAUCAGUGUCACGGACGAAAAAGGCGAGGACUGCGCCCUUUACUCGCCCACGCGUUGGGUGGAGAACACGGUCCUCGACGACACGUCUCCCACGACGAGCACGGGCGCGGGGGCUGUUGGCCUACCGACUAUCACCGAGAACCUCUUCGAGCCGCAAACGGUCUACCGGAGAGGGAGUGCAGAGAACGACUACGAAGACGUUAUGGACUACACGAUGCCCGAACUUCUACAGAAGACGCCUAGUGGCUCUUUGUGCAUGGAACUCACUCUUAACCAGGGCAGCCUCGGCGAAAUUCAACGGGCGCUGUGCGAACGAGCGACCGACCUCGUGCUACAGCGAUCGGAACGUGGUCUGAUCGCUCUCGAACCCCACGGUGUCGUUCAGGUCGAGCUCGAACUCGAUCAACGACUCCUGAAGAUGCGACGUCUCAGCGGAGACACCGUCCAUUACUCUCGACUUUGCCAACGUCUCAUUGAAUGCAUGGAUUCUGUGGUCGGCUAGCAGUAGUAGCAGCAACUGCUGCCGUAGGAAACUCAUGCAGAAAUGCGACCUGCGUUCCUAAGCACCAAAAAAC